AUGCGAACGUCAAGCGUCUUCGUAGGUGCCUGUUUACUCGGGGCACAUAUUGCUGCAAGCCAGGACUAUGGUGAGCCCUACCGUCCUCAGUUCCAUUUCACAACUCCCAAAAACUGGAUCAACGACCCCAACGGCCUUCUCCUUCACAAUGGCCAGUAUCAUCUCUUCAAUCAGUACAACCCCAACGGCAGCGAAGCGGGCGACACGUCGUGGAGCCACGCCAUCAGCACUGACCUCACCCACUGGGAUGAUCAGCCUCUUGCGAUUCCUUACGAUGCAGACGCUUCCGGAGCCCUCGCUGCGAUGUACUACACCGGAAGCGCUGUCUCUGACGAUGCCAACACCAGCGGUUUCGGGAUGAAUGGAACUACACCGCUCGUCGCCGUCUUCACCAUCGCCUACACGCAAAACGUAUCGGCAAGUGGUGGACGUGAGGUGCUCGCUGGCACCCAAGCUCAAGGCAUCGCAUACAGUAUCGACAACGGCACGACGUGGACAAAGUACGCGGACAACCCUGUCAUCGCGCUUCCCCCAUCUCAGUACCAGAACCAGUCCCAGAACUUCCGUGACCCCUAUGUAUCCUGGUAUCCCCCGAGCCCCGAUGGGAAGACAGGCGGUGAUGGGGGGCACUGGGCCAUGGUCGUGUCGCUUUCCAGCCUGCAGAAGCUCCUCAUCUACACCUCGUCGGAUCUCAAGAACUGGACACAGACUAGCGAGUUCGGACCUUACAAUACUCAGGGUGGGGCAUGGGAAUGCCCAAACUUGUUCCCGCUCACAUACGCCAACGGAUCCGCGGGCAUGAAGUGGGUCAUCCACGCUGGUGCUUCCCCUGGCCCAGCCAAUGGGACCGGCACACAGUUCUUCGUCGGAGACUUCAAUGGGACAACGUUCACUCCUGAUCCAUCGACCAUCAUCGAUAUCUCGCAAGCUUCUCCACCUGACGGGGAGGUAUUCGCCGACUUCGAGCAGACGACGUUUACAGCGGCCGGAUGGAACGCAACUGGCGACUUCGUCGGUUUUGGGCCCGUGACUGGCGCCAUUGGUAGCCAGCAGAACGUAUCAGGCUUCAAAGGCUUGCGCCUCGUUGAUACCUACUUCAACGAAGACCUUUCAAAGGGGACCCUCACUUCUCAGCCGUUCAACAUCACGAAGCCCUACAUCGCAUUUCUUAUCGGUGGCGGCUACAACCCCUACAAUCCAGACACGUAUGGCACAAGCGCUGACAACUCGACUGCACUUCUCCUCUGGGUCGAUGGCACCGUCGUCGCCUCCGCGACGGGGCGCAACGACGAGUACCUGCAGUGGGACUCAUUCCACGUCGCUAACUGGACAGGUCAAACUGCCUACCUCGAGAUCGUCGACAUGGGCAACGUCAGCUGGGGCCACAUCAACGUCGACCAGAUCACGUUCGCGUCUGGACCCGUCAUGACCUCGCCCGCCAACUGGGUAGACUGGGGCCCGGACUUCUAUGCCGCAGCGACAUACAACGGUAUCGGCGACUACCGCCGCCUCGGAAUGGCGUGGAUGACCAACGGCGAAUACGCCGGCGACAUACCGACGUCACCAUUCCGCGGCUCCAUGACCAUCCCACGCACGUACGCGCUCGCCACCGUCGGCGGGCGCGACGUGAUCGUGCAGACGCCGGAUAUGGGCUUGUUCAGCCUCGAAGCAUCGAGGCCCUUCGCGGCCUCGUACGAUUCGCUGAGCGCGAACACCAUGCUCAAUAUUACGUGGCAAGCUAUGGACCUCAACCUCACGUUCAGUAGUGCGAACCUGACCGCGUUGGCAAUAGACUCGCGUUUCGGGAUCUCGCUGCGCGGCACGCCCGACGGGAGCGUCGAGACUGUCGUCGGGUACGAUUUCGGCGAGAAGCAGAUGUAUGUCGACCGCACGCACUAUGGGGGUACGUUUGUCGCCGACGUCUUCCCCGAUACGUUCUACGCGCCGCUGGAGCCGAGCGCAGAUGGGAUGGUGACGUUGCGAAUUUUGUUGGAUUGGUCUGGCGUUGAGGUAUUUGGCGGGAAAGGGGAGAGCGUCAUUACAGCGCAGAUCUUCCCGGACGCUAAUGCUUUGACGACGAAGUUGUUCGUGGACGGUGAUCAGGUUAGCGAUGUAAAAGUAAGUGCAAGGGAGGUCUCGAGCGCUUGGUCAACUUAA